AUGCUCAUUGGUGUGUUUCUUCCAGAAUUUAAGAAAACGCUGGAAGAAGCCAUCCGAAGCGACACGUCUGGACACUUCCAGAGGCUGUUAAUCUCGCUUGCUCAGGGGAACAGAGAUGAAAGCACCAAUGUGAACAUGUCCCUUGUCCAAACUGAUGCUCAGGCGCUGUAUGCAGCAGGAGAGAAUCGACUUGGGACGGACGAGUCUAAGUUCAAUGCAAUUCUCUGUGCCAGAAGCAGAGAUCACCUCAGAGCAGUCUUCAAUGAAUACCAGCGAAUGUGUAACCGUGACAUUGAGAAGAGUAUAGGCAGAGAAAUGUCUGGAGACCUUGAACAUGGGAUGCUGGCAGUAGUGAAGUGCCUGAAGAACACGCCCGCUUUCUUUGCAGAGAGGCUGAAUAAGGCCAUGAGGGGGGCAGGAACCAAAGACAGAACUCUCAUUCGGAUCAUGGUGUCGCGCAGCGAGGUCGACCUGCUAAACAUUCGGCAGGAAUAUAAGCGGAUGUAUGGCAAAUCUCUGUACACAGACAUUUCGGGUGACACGUCAGGAGACUACCGGAAAAUCCUCCUCAAACUGUGUGGUGGAAACGAUUAAGUGUGACGUCCUGGGUUUUUU